AUGAAAUACUAUACACAAAAUUUUAGAAGCACAGCUUCUGCAUUCCAUGCUAUUGUAGCUAAGUUGAGCGGAGUAGAGCUUGGCCAUGAAAAGGCAACAGAUGAGCAAGCUAAGUUGUUAUUCAGUGAAGGAAAUACUACGUUACUUCGGAUUGAUGAAGCUACAUCUUUCAGAGAUGAAGUAUCUAUUGGAAAAUAUCUAGCAAGAACUGGCGGGUUAAAGGAUCAGUUACUAGGAACUACCAUCUUUGAUGAAUCUAAAAUCUCACAGUGGCUCUCAUGGACAGACAUUAACAUUAGGUUCACUUCUGAAGCUCUCUUAAAUCACUUAACAGGAAAAGCUACUGAAGGAACUCUUGACUUCAAAGCAGCUAAUGGAUCUAUCAGAGCUUCUAUGAAGUUCCUCAAUACUCAACUCAAGGAUAAGAAGACUCUUGUAGGUGAGAACAUCACUAUUGCUGAUGUUUACCUUGCUACUCAUCUCGUCAGAUUAUUCCAAUUGCUCAUUGAGGCUGGAUUCAGGAAGGGUAUUGCUAACGUUGUUGCUUGGUUCACAAAUAUUACUUCUUCUGAUGCCUUCAAGGCCAACUUUGGUUCUAUCAAACUUGCUGCUAGACCAAUGAAGCCAUUUGUCAAGGCAGUUUCAAAGGACCAAAAAGACAAAGGUGGCAAAAAGGGAAACAAGAAUGACAAGAAAGGUGGAAAAGGAGACAAGAAGCAGAACGAAGACUUCGAAGAAGAAAAGAUUACCGGAAUCCCUGAUGAUGCUGAAUUUGCAGACCCAAUUUAUGGGAAAUAUAAGGGAAUCUUCAAGAAUGCUACAUGGGGAAAAGUUGUCACUAGAUUCCCACCAGAGCCAAGUGGUUUCUUGCACAUUGGUCAUAUCAAGGCUUCUAUGCUUAACUAUCACUACUCUAAGAUUUAUAAUGGAAAGAUGAUCUUGAGGUUCGAUGAUACAAAUCCUUCUAAAGAAAAAAUAGAAUUUGUAGAGAACAUCAAGAAAGAUCUUAAGACUGUUGGAAUCACUCCAUGGAAGACCACUUACACUAGUGAUUAUUUUGAUCAACUCCAAGAUAAAAUGAGAAAAUUCAUUGAGAUGGGCAUGGCUUAUGCUGACGAUACCCCUGGAGACCAAAUGAAGGAAGAAAGAGAUGCUGGAAUUGAGUCUAAGAAUAAAGGAAAAACUCCAAAGGAGACUAUAGAAAUCUUCGAGAAAAUGCUUGAAGGAAAAGCUGAAGGAUGGUGCAUCAGAGCUAACCUCAACAUGCAAGACAAGUCUAAAUGUCUAAGAGACCCAGUCAUGUACAGAUGCAACACUACUCCUCAUCACAAGACCAAGACAAAGUAUAAGGCUUAUCCAACUUAUGAUUUUGCUUGUCCAAUUGUUGACGCUCUUGAAGGAGUUACCAAUUGUCUUAGAACAAUCGAAUACAGAGAAAGAGAUCCUCUCUACCACUUGAUCCAAGAGAAACUUGGAUUCAAACAAAUUGAAAUCUUUGAGUAUGCCAAGCUCCAGCUCAAGUCUACUCUUAUGAGUAAGAGAAAACUUCAAUGGUUCGUCGAUGAAGGAAAGGUUGAAGGGUGGUAUGAUCCUAGAUUCCCUACAGUUCAAGGUCUCAUGAGGAGAGGACUCACAGUCCAGACUCUUAAAGAGUUCAUGCUUGAUAUCGGAGCUAGUAUAAAAACAACCAGAAUGGAAUGGGAUAAACUCUGGGCUUUUAAUAAGCAAAUUAUUGACAAAGACUGUAAGAGAUAUUUCACUGUCCUUACCGAUUCUUCUGUUGAAGUUUCCAUUUUAAAUGGGCCAGAAACUCCAGAAGGAAAGACUGUGAAAUACCAUUUCAAUAACCCAGAUCUUGGAGAAAAGACCAGAAUCCUCACUAAUUCUGUCUUUAUUGAGAGAGAAGACGUAGCAGACCUCAAAGUCGGUGACAAAUUUGCUCUCAAAGAUUGGGGAAUGGUAUACAUCAAAACUGUUGAAGAAGUUGAUGGUAAACUCAAACUCGCUGUUGAGCUCAACUUUGAUGACACUAAAUUCGGAAAGAAGAUCAAGAAAGCUACAUUUGUUGCUAGUGAUCCCCUUCUUCACGUCCCAGUCACAAUUUAUGAAUUCGGUCAUUUGAUUACCAAAGACAAUCUGAAGGAAGAAGACAAUGUGGAAGACUUUGUAAAUGAGAACUCUAAAAUCAAAUCAACUGGAUAUGCCGAAAAAGAUAUAGCUAACGCAAAGGAAGGUGACCUCAUUCAGAUUGAGAGAAGAGGAUACUUCUAUGUUGAUAAAGACCUUGAGAGUCAUAAAGAAAUUGUUCUUCACUUUAUCCCAGAUGGAAAAACCAAGAAUAUGUCUGCCAUUUCUUCAAAGAUUGACAACAAGGUCCUCACUAAAGGAGAAGGAGACAUUGCUAAAGGAGCUAACAGAGCUGAAGAGGCCAAACUCAAGGAGGGUGACGACGGAGAACCAAAGAAACUUACCAAAAAGUUAGCAAAGAAGCAAAAGAAGGCUGAACACAAAGCAGCUGAAGGAGAUACUAAGGAAUAAUUUUGUUUGCUAAUAUUCAACCACUAA